AAAUCCCAUCAUCAUCUUAGUUCCACUUUAAAAACCAAAAAACAGAACCAAACACAAAAGCUCUGUUUCUUUAAAACUACUACAACAAUGGGAGAAGAAACAAAAACCAAACUCAAAGCCCACGUCGUCAUCUUACCAUACCCAGUUCAAGGCCACCUUAACCCAAUGGUUCAAUUCGCUAAACGUCUAGUCUCCAAAACCGUAAAAGUCACAAUCGCCACCACUACCUACACCGCCUCCUCAAUCACAACACCAUCACUCUCCGUCGAACCAAUCUCCGACGGAUUCGAUUUCAUCCCCUUAGGUAUCCCUGGUUUCAGCGUCGACACUUACUCCGAAUCCUUCAAGCUCCACGGAUCCGAAACCCUAACUCGCGUAAUCGAGAAUCACAAAUCCACUGAUUCGCCCAUCGAUUGUUUAGUCUACGAUUCGUUUCUUCCUUGGGGACUCGAAGUCGCUAGAUCUAUGAAUGUUUCAGCUGCUGCUUUCUUCACUAACAACCUCACUGUUUGUUCUGUGAUGCGUAAAUUCUCAAACGGCGAGCUCACUCUCCCCGCGGAUUCUAACUGGGCGACGUUUCGAGUCCGUGGCUUGCCGUCGUUGAGUUACAAUGAGUUGCCUUCGUUUGUGGGUCGUCACUGGUCUACUCACCCGGAGCAUGGGAGGGUUCUUCUGAAUCAGUUCCUUAACCAUGAAGAUGCUGAUUGGUUAUUCGUUAAUGGCUUUGAAGGUUUAGAAGAAACACAAGAUUGUGAAGAUGGUGAGUCAGAGGCAAUGAGGGGGACGUUGAUUGGACCGAUGAUUCCAUCGGCGUAUCUUGAUGAUCGGAUAAGAGAUGAUAGAGAUUAUGGUGCGAGUUUGUUGAAACCGAGAUCAGAGGAAUGUAUGGAGUGGCUUGAGACUAAGCCGGUUCAGUCGGUUGUGUUUAUCUCGUUUGGUUCGUUUGGGAUUCUGUCUGAGAAGCAACUCACGGAGAUAGCUAUUGCUUUACAAGAAUCCAACUUGAACUUUUUGUGGGUGAUUAGAGAAGCUCAUAUCAAGAAACUGCCGGAAGGGUUCGUGGAGUCGACUAAAGACAAAGCGUUGUUGGUUUCUUGGUGUAACCAGCUUGAGGUUUUAGCUCAUGAGUCGAUCGGUUGCUUUUUGACUCACUGUGGUUGGAACUCUACAUUGGAAGGGUUGAGUUUGGGGGUUCCUAUGGUGGGUGUGCCUCAGUGGAGUGAUCAGAUGAAUGAUGCUAAGUUUGUGGAGGACGUUUGGAAAGUUGGGUAUAGAGCGAAAGAGGAAGCUGGUGAAGGGAUUGUGAAGAGCAAAGAGGUGGUGAGGUGUUUGAAAGGAGUGAUGGAAGGAGAGAGUAGUUUGAAGAUUAGAGAGAGUUCGAAGAAGUGGAAAGAUUUGGCUGGCAAGGCAAUGAGUGAAGGAGGAAGCUCUGAUCGGAGCAUUAACGAGUUUAUAGAGAGUUUAGUGAAGAAACAUUGAUUUAACUUUGUAAAUCAGGGUAAUGUAUGUGUUUGUUGUUCUUGUAUAAGAAGAGCACUGUACCGAGAUGCUUGUGAGUUGUGAUUCAAUAAACCAAUUAUGUUUGUGAA